CAAAAAGGCAUUGCGUAUUGUGAUGUGGGGAACUGUCAGGUGGAUGGGGGUCUAUUUUAAUGAGCCAAUAGCAUGAUUGCUUUGAAUACAUACAACUUUCACUAUUUAUCUUAAAGUGCUUUUCCUUUACGUGACCUAGAGCUAAACUGCUGGCCUGUCCCUGUUUCUCUCACAAGGAAAGAUACACUGCUGUGAUGUCUGAGGGCCCGAGAAAGCCAAAAAGAAAAUUUGCAGCAACACGUCGGCUGCUAAUAAAAGGCAAGCUGCUGAAGAAGGCAGAAUUGAUGCUGGUUGCUGAAAAUGAAGAAAAAGAAAUGGAGAAGGAAAGAGUUGUGAACGAGAGUGUUCCUCCUCUAAAGCUGUCAGGCCUCUCAGUCCAGGAGCUCCAGGAUCUUUGCAAAGAGUUGCACCAGAAGCUUGAUGUUGUUGACGAGCUGCGUUAUGACAUGCAAGCUAAAGUCAACAAAAAUGAAAAUGAGAUUGUGUCGCUGAAGCAGAAGAUCAUCGAGUUGAAAGGUAUGAAGAAGCCCAGCCUGAAGAGGGUAAAGAAAACCACAGAUGACGUGCUGGGUGCAUACACGGAUGCCUCCAAACUCAAGAAGGCUGACUUUAAAGCCAACCUCAAGACAGUGAAAAAAGAAGACGAUAAGAAGGAAGAAGUGACUGACUGGCGUAAGAAUGUGGAGGCCCUGUCUGGCAUGGAGGGCAGGAAGAAGCUUUUCACUGCAGGACAAUGAAAAAAAACACACAUAGUAUAAAGUUAUUGCUUGUAUUUCCCAAAUACUGACGUUACAGAUUGCAUUUGUUGAGCUUAUUUCUUUGAAUUAUACCAAAAUUACUGUUUAAAAGGAUGAAUUUCAUGCUGAAAUGAAGUGAUUGCAACAAUUUAUAAUUAUAAUUUAAUGUAAAUGAUGCUAACUGAAUUAUUAUUUAAUGCAAUUUUGCAAAAGGAUUAAAAAAAAUGUUUUAUGCUUUGAAAGUGUAGUGUUUGUAGUGGACAGAAGAUGGUGCUGUUGCUCUAUUUGUAAUACA